AUGCAUAUCAGGUCUUUCUUACAAAAGUAUAAUUUGUACAAACUAAAGGAGAAUUGCGUGGUCUGUAACUCUACUAGCAGUGGAGGCUGGCAAAAUGAAGAGCGCACCAGUAUGCCAUUCCAUGCCGACAGAGUCUACACUGUGGAGAUCAUCGCUAAUUAUGGCCAAAUUCAGGUUCUCCUCAACGGAACGUUUUUCACCUCAUUCGCUGAGCGUUUGCCCAGCAAUGAAGUCCGCACUAUCGAAAUCAGCGGUGAUGUCCAUGUUCACUCUGCUCAUUAUCUAUAA